AUGUCUGCCACUGAAGCUUCAGAGGUCUACGGCAAGCGCCUCAUCCCGCACGUCAUCGAUGACGCCGCGAGAAACGACCCGGCGCGGGAAUGCUUCUCGAUACCCUUGUCGUCCAACCCGCGGGACGGCUGGAGGCCUGUUUCCUACGGCCAGUACGCCGCCGCCAUCGAUCGCCUCGCCCACCACAUUUUCAAGACGUCUGGCGCACCCGAGCCCAAGAGCUUUCCAACACUGGCUUACAUUGGCGCAAACGACGCAACGUACCUCAUUUUUAUCGUUGCCGCCGUCAAAGCGGGCUACAAGGCGAUCUCAGCGCUAUUAAUCUCACCCCGGAACUCGGAAGAGGCGCAACUCAACCUCUUCGCGCUCACAGGCUGCGACACACUCUACCAUGACGCAACCUUCCAACAGCCGGUGUUGCCAUGGCUGGCGAAGCGUGGUAGCAUGAAAGCGCACCUGCUCGAGCCGCUAGACUUUUGGCUAGCCCACGAAGUCGCGGUUGAGCCGUUUCCUUACGUCAAGAGCCCCGAGGAAGCGGAGUGGGAGCCCUUCGUGGUGCUGCACACGAGUGGGAGCACGGGGCUGCCGAAGCCCAUCGUCGUCCCCAACGGCCUGAUGAUGCUCAACGACAAACUGCAUCUCCUGCCGACCUGGAAAGGAACCGAGUCGGCCGUGCGCGGGUUGGCUCGCACCAGGAGGAACCUGACCCCGAUGCCCUUCUCCCACGCCAGCGGCCUGUACAGUUUCUUUGGCUUCCACGUGUAUUGGGGCGUCCCGGUCACGUUCGCCAUCCUCAACGGGCCGUUCACGGCCGAAUUUGUCCUGGAGCAGUUGGCACACGCCGGCGCCGAUGUUGACUCCAUCUCCUUGCCCCCGUCAGUCUUGGAAGAGCUCAGCCUCACUCAAGAAGGAUGCGACAGGCUCAAAAAGUUGGCGUUUGUCGUGUUUGGAGGUGGCAACCUCAGCGAUGCUGCCGGGCAGAAGUUGCUGGACCAAGGCGUUGUGAUCCAAAACUCGUUUGGGUCGACGGAAUGCGGUAUGUUGCCCUACUACUGGCAGACCAAUCCCAACGCCUGGCAAUGGCUUCAUAUAAAUUCCGACGUGAUGGGCGCCGUGUGGCGGCCGGUCGCGGGCGAGGACGAUAUCUUUGAGCUUGUCAUCGUCCGCCAUAACUCCCCUUCCGCCAUCCAAGGCGUCUUCUACACGUACCCGGGCCUGGACGAGUGGUCCUCCAAGGACCUCUUCAAGAAGCAUCCGACGCUGCCGGAUCACUGGAAGUACCAUGGCCGCUGUGACGACCUGAUUUGUUUUUCCAACGGCGAAAAGCUGAACCCUGUGACCUUUGAGAACGCACUCAACGGACAUCCCAAGGUCGGGACGGCCAUCGUCGUGGGCUCGAUGCGGUUCCAGCCCGCGCUGCUCGUCGAGCCCGCCCACUACCCCGCCAACGCGGACGAGGCCGAGCGUCUCGUGGCAGAGCUCUGGCCGCUCGUUGCCAGCGUCAACAAGCAGACGGCGACGUAUGGCCAGAUAAGCAGGCAGCUCAUCCUGCUCGCCAAAGCCGACAAGCCUUUCCCCAGGCUGGUCAAGGACACGGUCAACCGCGCACUCUCCAUCAAGCUCUACGAGUCCGAGAUAGAAGCCCUCUACCGUGAUGCAGAAGCCGGGUGGAAGGACGCACAACACAACCUCGAUCUCACCUCGGAGGAGACCCUUAUACAAUGUCUGUGCCGCCUCUUCCAGACCCUGACCCGCCACACCACCGUCGAGCCGGACACGGACCUGUUCACGGCCGGUGUCGAUUCACUGCAGGUGGUCAACGCAUGCCGCCUCCUGCGCGGUGCCCUCGCCACGAAAACCGACAGGAUCGACCUCAAGACCGUCGCGCCGCGCCUCAUCUACGCGAACCCGUCGCCCCGCCGCCUCGCCGCGGACCUAUGGGCACGCCACGCCGGCUCUCUGCAGCCUUUCGACGCCGACGCCGAAGCGUCCCGUGCCAUGUUGGCCCUGCUGGCAAAAUACACCCUAGGCCUGCCGUCUGUCCCCGCGCCUGAGAGGCCCCCGGCCCGCCGCACGGAGCAGACCGUUCUUCUGACCGGCAGCACCGGCAGGCUCGGCGCCCACGUCCUCGACUACCUCGUCGCGAACCCGGCAGUGCGCAAGGUCAUCUGCCUCAACCGCGCACGCGACGGCCGCGCGCGCCAACUGCGCCUCAACGCCGCGCGCGGGCUCAAGACUGAUCUCGCGUGCAAAACCGAGUUCCUCCAGGCCGACUUGUCCCAGCCGCAACUCGGGCUCAGCGUCGCCGACUACCGCCGUAUGCUGGGGGAGGCGGACCGCGUGAUCCACGCCCAGUGGCCCGUCAACUUCAACCUCCCGCUCGGGGCCUUUGAGCCCCACGUGCGCGGCGUGCGGCACCUGGUCGACCUGUGCGCGCGGGCGGCGCGGGACGCUCGGCUCGUGCUCGUGUCGACCGUGCUGGCGGCCACGCCGUGGAACGGGUCGGAGGGCGGAACGACGGUUAUGUCGGUUCCCGAGGGGGCGUACGCGCAGGGCAAGCUUGUGGCUGACCUGGUUGCGGAAGAGGCGGCGCGACGCAGCGGGACGAGAGCGGCGGUGGUACGGGUCGGACAGAUUGCGGGCUCGGAGGACGCGGCCGGGUCAUGGAAUCGGGACGAGUGGUUGCCGCGUCUGGUUGCGUCGUCGGUGAGGGUUCUCGGAGUGCUGCCGCGGGAUCUGGGGAUCAUGAGCACGGUGAACUGGGUGACGGCGCAGGGGGCGGCGCGGGUGGUGCUUGAGGCGGCGGAGGUGACGGGCCCGGACCUGGGGCCGGAGCGGGCGCGUGCCGGCAGUGGCGGUGGUGUGGAUUACUACUACGCCGUGAACCCGCGUCCUGGGCACUUUUCCCAGUUGAGCGGAGCGAUGAAGGAGUUUUAUGGCGGGCGGGUUAGGGACUUGGUGUCGUGGGGGCAGUGGGUGGCAGCCUUGGAAGCGAGCGCGGAACGGGAGAGUGAGGACGGAACGGAAAAUCCGGCGCUGCAGUUGCUGGACUUCUUCAAAGGCACGCCGGGGGAAGACGCGUUGGGGGAGGUCCGGUUCACCUUCUCGCUGGACGAGACUCUUGCGGCCAGUCAGAGCUUGAGGGAGAUGCAACCCAUCACACCUGAGCUGAUGGUGCAAUGGUGUCGUCAGUGGGACUUUUAG